AUGCCCGCUGUCUCCGCGCGCAAGAAGGAGUUAGUGGACAUGGCUGGGUCUGGGCAGCAGAGCUGGCCGAGCCCCACGGCUGUGUGGGGGCUCCACCUUCCGGCUCCAAGUGUCCAGCUGGGCCGAGAAGCGCACCUGCCUGGUCCGGGAGCCUACGUGCGUCGCGACACGGCAAGGGGCUGGCCGCACCGAGGAUGUCCGCUCGACUAUCUCGGAACUAGUCUACACAGCCGCCGAACCAACCGGAGCGGAGAGGACUGGCGCUCUAGAGCCUUCGAGUCGCGGGCUAGAGCGGCCAGGCCCCAGAACCAGGCCGCGCCAGGGCUAGCUACGGCUGCGUCACGCGAGGGGGCGGGGCCGCCACGGGCGGAGGCCGGAGCCGGAAGCGGAAGAGGCGCUCGGAGUGGGGAGUGGGGCCUAGCAGCCGCCGGAGCCUGGGAGACGAUGCAUCACUGUAAGCGAUACCGCUCCCCUGAGCCAGACCCAUACCUGAGCUACCGAUGGAAGAGGAGGAGAUCUUACAGUCGGGAACACGAAGGGAGACUACGAUACCCAUCCCGAAGGGAGCCUCCCCCCCGGAGGUCUCGGUCCAGAAGUCAUGACCGCCUACCCUACCAGAGGAGAUACCGGGAGCGCCGUGACAGUGAUACUUACCGCCGUGACAGUGAUACUUACCACCGUGACAGUGAUACCUACCGGUGUGAAGAGCGGAGCCCAUCCUUUGGAGAGGACUGCUAUGGAUCUUCCCGUUCUCGUCAUCGUCGGCGGUCACGGGAGAGGGGGCCAUACCGGACCCGCAAGCAUGCCCACCACUGCCACAAACGCCGCACCAGGUCUUGUAGCAGCGCCUCCUCGAGAAGCCAACAGAGCAGUAAGCGCAGCAGCCGGAGUGUGGAAGAUGACAAGGAGGGCCACCUGGUGUGCCGGAUCGGCGAUUGGCUCCAAGAGCGAUAUGAGAUCGUGGGGAACCUGGGCGAAGGCACCUUUGGCAAGGUGGUAGAGUGCUUGGAUCAUGCCAGAGGGAAGUCUCAGGUUGCCCUGAAGAUCAUCCGCAACGUGGGAAAGUACCGGGAGGCUGCCCGGCUAGAAAUCAAUGUUCUCAAAAAAAUCAAGGAGAAGGACAAAGAGAAUAAGUUCCUGUGUGUCUUGAUGUCUGACUGGUUCAACUUCCACGGUCACAUGUGCAUCGCCUUUGAGCUUCUGGGCAAGAACACCUUUGAGUUCCUGAAGGAGAAUAACUUCCAGCCUUACCCCCUACCACAUGUGCGGCACAUGGCCUACCAGCUCUGCCAUGCCCUUAGAUUCUUGCACGAGAACCAGCUGACUCACACAGAUUUAAAGCCAGAGAAUAUCCUGUUUGUGAAUUCUGAGUUUGAAACCCUCUACAACGAGCACAAGAGUUGCGAGGAGAAGUCAGUGAAGAACACCAGCAUCCGAGUAGCUGACUUCGGUAGUGCCACCUUUGACCACGAACAUCACACAACCAUUGUGGCCACUCGUCACUAUCGCCCACCUGAGGUGAUCCUUGAGCUGGGCUGGGCACAGCCCUGUGACGUUUGGAGUAUUGGCUGUAUUCUCUUCGAGUACUACCGGGGCUUCACACUGUUCCAGACCCAUGAAAACCGAGAGCACUUGGUAAUGAUGGAGAAGAUCCUAGGGCCCAUCCCAUCACACAUGAUUCACCGAACCAGGAAGCAGAAAUAUUUCUACAAAGGGGGCCUGGUUUGGGAUGAAAAUAGCUCUGACGGCCGGUAUGUGAAGGAGAACUGCAAACCUCUGAAGAGUUACAUGCUCCAAGAUACUCCGGAGCACGUGCAGCUGUUUGACCUGAUGAGGAAGAUGUUAGAAUUUGACCCUGCCCAGCGCAUCACACUGGCCGAGGCACUGCUGCAUCCUUUCUUUGCUGGCCUGACCCCUGAGGAGCGGUCCUUCCACAGCAGCCGCAAUCCAAGCAGAUGACAGGUGCAGGCCACCCUGCAAGGAGAUGGAGAGUGGGACUGGGCUGUCCAGCCCCUUUUCUCCAGCCUCUACCACCGGCCCCAGGGCCAGAGCCACCCAACGAACAGUGCAAUGUGAAGGAAGGCAGGAGCCUGCAGAGGAGGAGACUUGGUGCCCAGCUGCCAGAAAGCACAGAUUUGACCCAAGCUAUUUAUAUGUUGUAAAGUUAUAAUAAAGUGUUUCUUACUGUUUGUAACCCCUGGUACCAGUGUGUCCGUCUCCAGGCUCCUUGCCUUCUCCCCUCCCUGACCUCUUAAUAAAGUCUUUCUUAGCAGUUCA